AUGGCAGGCAUUCCUUUGAUUAUUGGUCCAACAACAUCAACUGUAAGUAUUAUGCUAUCCAGGAUCCUUGGACCUCUCUCUGUACCGGUUGUGUUGCAGCACUUGAGCAAAGUGAAGGUCACCACCCCACAGGGUGACCUCUUCCAUUUCCAAGGAGCUGACUCUCCAGCCAAGUACGACCUGAUCAACUGGCAGAAAACACCCGAGGGGCCGCUGAAAAUGGUUUUAAUUGGACAUGUUGACGGGUUUGAUUUUCAAUUUAAUGAAUCGGCUGUUCAGUGGAGCGCAGGAUCCAGUCAGGUGCCUGUUUCAGUGUGCAGUGAAAGCUGUCCUCCAGGGACUCGCAGGGCCAACAGGAAGGGAGAACCUGUCUGCUGCUUUGACUGUAUCCCAUGUGCUGAUGGAGAGAUUAGCAAUACAACUGGUUCCUUCCAGUGUGAGCAGUGUCCACCUGAUUUCUGGUCCAACGAUGAAAGAACAGUCUGCAUCCGUCAAGAGCUGGACUUUCUUUCCUUUAAUGAGACAUUGGGCGUUACACUCACCACUGCCGCUGUGUCUGGGGCCAUUGUGACCGCAGCUGUGUUUGUGGUUUUUCUGAAGUACCGUCAAACACCGAUGGUACGAGCCAACAACUCAGAGCUGAGCUUCCUGCUGCUCCUGUCUCUCAAACUCUGCUUGCUCUGUUCGUUGGUGUUCAUCGGCCAUCCGUCGGUCUCGUCGUGCCGGUUCCAGCAGGCCGCCUUUGGGAUCAGCUUUGUUCUCUGUAUAUCCUGCCUCCUUGUGAAAACCAUGGUGGUUCUGGCUGUUUUCCGCUCAGCUCGUCCCGGUUCUGAAGCUUUGAUGAAGUGGUUUGGGCUGAGUCAACAGAGGUGGAGCGUAUGCUUCUUUACUGGUGUGCAGGUUCUCAUCUGUGCUCUAUGGCUGUCCCUCAGCCCUCCAAUGCCUCAGCGUGAUCUGGGUUUCCAAGGGUCAAAGGUCACUCUGGAGUGUGCUAUGGACUCUGUGGUGGGCUUCUCUCUGGUCCUGGGGUACAUCGGCCUCUUGGCCUGCACCUGUCUCCUCUUGGCAUUUCUUGCGAGAAAGCUUCCCGACAACUUCAACGAGGCCAAGCUGAUCACCUUCAGCAUGCUGAUUUUCUGCGCCGUCUGGGUGGCCUUUGUUCCCGCUUAUGUCAGCUCUCCUGGGAAAUAUGUUGUUGCUGUUGAAGUCUUUGCAAUCCUGGCCUCCAGCUAUGGGUUACUUCUCUGUAUUUUUGCCCCAAAAUGUUUCAUAAUUCUUCUGAGGCCUGAGAAAAACACAAAGAAAUACCUGAUGGCCAGGUAG